AACCAUCCUCUCACAAUCCUCCAAUGGACUUCUCAAAGCUCUUCUCCUAUUAUUUCCUUCUCCUUGCUCUCCUCUUUCCAAUGGCCACUGCUGAAAACUCCAACCUCUUUAGAGAGUACAUAGGUGCUCAAGAUAAGGGAGUCAAAUUCACUGAUGUGCCUAUCAAUUCUGAUGUCCAGUUCCACUUCAUCCUUGCCUUCGCCAUAGACUACACCACUACAACCCCCUACACCCCCACCAAUGGCCAAUUCAACGUCUUCUGGGACACCGUCAAUCUCACCCCUUCCGCGGUCGCCUCCAUCAAACAAAGUCAUAGCAACGUGAAGGUUGCUCUUAGCCUUGCUGGGUACAGCGUCGCCGGCAGUACUACCAAUGCGUAUUUCCUUCCUACAUCUAUAGACUCUUGGGUUAAUAAUGCAGUCUCUUCACUGACCAGCAUCAUUGAGCAAUACCAUCUUGAUGGUAUCGAUGUCGACUAUGAGAACUUCAAUACCAGUGCCGCCGAUGAAGACACCUUUGCAGAAUGCAUUGGAAGGCUUAUCACAACAUUGAAGAACAAUGGAGUGAUACAGUUUGCUUCAAUAGCUCCAUUUGAAGAUCAACCACUCCAGAGCUAUUACGAAGCUUUGUGGGCGAAGUACUCCAAUGUUAUAGACUAUGUGAACUUCCAAUUCUACGGGUAUUCUAACAGCACGACGGUAUCCCAGUUUUUAGGCUAUUAUGAUACUCAGAGCUCAAAUUAUGAAGGAGGAAAUAUACUGACCAGUUUGAUUUCUGACGAUAGUGGAGGACUGACUCCGGCAAAUGGCUUCUUUAAUGCUUGUAAGACACUUCAGGAUGAAGGAAGACUUUUUGGCAUAUUCAUAUGGUCUGCUGAUAGCUCCAAAGCUAAUGGCUUUCCGUAUGAGACGGAAGCACAGGAUCUGUUGGCUAAUGCUUAGUGCUCUUAUGAAGAUCCAAGAUUUCAGAAAGUGUGGUUAAUAAGGACGGUGGUUUAGUUAUGGACAAUAAAUAAGAUGGAUCAUAAACUGGGCUAUAACCUAGCUAUUCCACCACCUUAGUUUGAUUUUGAUGAAUUGUGUACUUGGCAUACAAAUAUAUAUAUAUAUAAUAUAUAAGCCGUUUGGUAUUUUCUUUUGUA